CCGCGACGAUGGUACGGCCCAAGGCGGAAGCGGCCCGGACGGCACCGGCUCUCAGGCGCAGCUAUGGCCGCUGGCGUCCCGUGCGCGCUGGUCACCAGCUGCUGCUCCACGUUCUCCGCGGACCGGCUGGUCCAACAUAUCCUUGGAAGAGAAGAUCUUCUUGUGGAAGCGACUUCUAAUGACACUGUGAGAUUCUACCCCUGGACCAUUGAUAAUAAAUACUACUCGGCAGAUAUCAACCUGUGUGUGGUGCCAAACAGAUUCCUCGUCACCCCAGAAAUUGCAGAAUCUGUCCAGGCAUUUGUGAUUUACUUUGACAGCUCACAGAAGUCAGGUCUCGACAGUGUCUCCGAAUGGCUUCCCCUGGCAGAAGCGUGGGUCCCGGAGGUGAUGAUGCUGGCCUGUGACAGGGUGUGUGAGGACGGUGUAAGCCGACAGAAAGCUCAAGAAUGGUGCAUCAAGCAUGGCUUUGAACUGGUGGAGCUUAGUCCAGAGGAGCUGCCUGAGGAGGACGAUGACUUCCCUGAAUCUACAGGAGUAAAGCGAAUUGUCCAAGCCUUGAAUGCCAAUGUCUGGUCCAAUGUAGUGAUGAAGAAUGAUAGGAACCAAGGCUUCAGCCUUCUCAGUUCAUUGGCUGGGACAAACCGCAGCCGUGCAAUGACGGAGCCUCGUCACUCAGAGCAGCCCCCUUUGCCAGCCGCAGACAGGACAGAACCGCUCGCGGACCAUCGGGGUGGUGCAUCUAACACAGCAGAUGCCCAGGGCGAUAGCACUUUGGAUCCCAUGUUAGAUCUGGAUAUUCAGGAAUUAGCCAGCCUUACUACUGGAGGAGGAGAUCUGGAAAAUUUUGAAAGACUAUUUUCAAAACUAAAAGAAAUGAAAGACAAGGCUGCGACGCUUCCUCAUGAGCAAAGAAAGUUGCACGCAGAAAAGGUGGCUAAGGCUUUCUGGAUGGCAAUUGGGGGAGACAGAGAUGAAAUUGAAGGCCUUUCUUCUGAUGAAGAACACUAGCUUAUCCCUGCUCGGUUGGACUGACAAGGAUGCUAGCUGUCUCUACCCAAGAUACUUCCUACUUGAGCCAGUUCUACUUUGCUGAGAUCCCCAUUGUUAUGUUGGCUGCCAGGUUUGUUUUUAAGGUCCCCCUUAAUGUUAGUUUUUAGUAAGGAGUUCAGAGAAGUCUUUCUCCUUGAGGAGUACAGUGACAACAGUGAGACUUUCUCAAAUUCUUUUUUGUUCCAGGAGUGGGGUAGGGUGAGUAUCACAGGUCUGUGUGAUUUGCCCAAUUUACAGAAGGAAACCAAGCAGACACUCUCAGCCAGCCUUUGUGUUAUGCUCCUUGCCUCCACAUUCAUGCCCCAGGUCAGGAGUUUGUGCGUGAUGAUGGGAAUUUCCCCAUUCCAGGAGCUUGCAGCUCGAGCUCUGAUGCUUUUUCUUGGAAGAAAACAGGUAGCUGCAGAUUUAGUUUGUGCCAUAGUACGAGAGGCUGGGCAAAGUCAGUGGCCCCUGAGUUUAUAUCCAACUUAGAAUGUGCUUCUGAAUGUUUCUUUGAAGUGUGGUAUCUGAGCUUGAACUAGAAAGAAUUGGAAAACCAGCGUGUAUUUUUAGACUACCAGAAAUAAAGCGAAGGUUUCCUAACUGGUGCGGGUUAAAGAAGCCUCUGCCAGGACCUCGUGGGGCCUGUGUGAGGGAGAACCGGAAGGGUUCCGUGUGGGUCGCGGAAACGGUGUGCUGAUGACCGAAGUGGUUAUGUCGCCAUUAUGUGAAGACCUUCUUCUGCCUUAGCCCGCUCCUCUGCCGCUUGAGAUGCCAGAGCUGUGCCCUCACCCUUCAAACCUCAAAACAAGGCAAGCGUCCCUUCUUCGUGUUUGGAAGCCGGCAAGUCACCGCUGCAGUAGGCUGACUGCACAGGGCUGAAGCAGCAGGCAGCGCGCACCUGGCACCUUGUUUCUCUCUCAGCGUGGGGUCCUCUUGCCUGUGUGCCCUUCUGGGCUGUAGCCCUGGGGAAGUCCUUCGUCCUUUAUCCAGGGCCAUGUGGGAGGGGUCAGCCCCAGAGAAACCAACCAAAGCAGAGUUUCAGAGACGAGCCGAGGGUACAACAAAUAAAAAUCCCAGUUGCUUUCUCGGUG